UAUCGAGUCUGUGCUGUGUAUUUCAAUCUUCAAUUUUAUGCACGUUCUGCCUAACUGUCAGACGCCACGUCCGCGCAAGUCUGUGGCGACGUGAAAAUAUGAUGGAAUAGGACGAGUCAAAUCAAGAGUUCUCAAAUCAGCAAACGAUUGUUUAUCAUUGACAUCUACAUCAUUAGCUACUGUUCAGUAAGCAGAAGACUUCAGAAGAACCUGGGAGACGUAAGCUAGCUAGGUGCCACGAGAGCAGUGAAUUUGACAGUACAGUACCUGAUGUGGUAGUGGGAGAUGAGACAGUGAGAGUGAGCCUCUCCCUACAUCCACAUCCCAUGAGAUGGGAGCCAACACAAGCCAGGUCAGUGACCUGUCAGAGAACCAGAGCCUCCGGACCCUGAUCGGCACAGAGUCCAUCUCAGAUAAUGACCCCUUCUGGAACCAGCUAAUCUCCUUCACAUUCAUCAGCCCCACUAGCAGUUGUAACUCCAAGCUGUUGGAAGAGGCUGUUAUUCCCCUGGCCAAGAUCCUGAUUGAGAACAAUCCCAGAACAGGGAAUUUUGGAGCCCUAGUGAGAAUAUUCCUGGGAAGAACCAAAGAGUUGAAAAUAUCCACAGAAUGCCAAGAUCAGCUGUUCAUCUGGCAGGCCCACAAUACUUUGUUCAUGAUUCGCUGCCUUCUCAAAGUCUUCAUCAGGGAGAUGACAGAGGAGGAGCUGCACUUACAGUUCUCCUACCAGGAGAGGGUGCCAGGCUCCUGUGACACAGGGAGCGAGGUACUGCUGGAAGAGCUGAUGUGUAACCUCGUAUACCUGGUGGUGGAGGUUCCCCUGCUGGACAUCACGUACAGUAUCCUGUUUGAGGCUGUGACCACCAUGCUGGUGCUGCUGUCCUACCAACUCUUUCACAAGGAGAUCCUGAGAGACGGACUCAUCUACCAGUACCUGAUGAAGGGGCGAUGUUUGUCCCUGACCAGUCAGUUGGUGAAGACUCUGCUGUAUAACUUCAUCAGACAGGAGAAGUGUCCGCCUCCUGCCACACACAUCUUUGAACAGCAGUCUGACAGAGGAGGCCUGCUCUACGGACUUGCCUCGGGAGUAGCAAGUGGGUUGUGGAGUGUGUUCGCGCUGGGUGGAGCCGGCAGUAAGCCAGGAUUGGAACAGGAACAGAACCCUCUGCCACUGUCCAAUCAGAGCCUGUUAUUGCUUCUGGUGCUAGCCAAUCUGACAGAUGGACCCAACAACUGUCCCAACCCCUACAAACAGGCUGUCACAUGCUUCAAAAACACACAAGACAUGUCAUCCAUCCCUACAGAGCAGCACUAUAUGUUUCAGAUUAACUUCAACAGCCUUUACACAGCUCUGUGUGAGCAGCAGAGAUCCGACCAGGCUACACUGAUACUCUACACACUACUUCAUCAGAACACCAACAUGAGGACAUACAUGCUGUCACGCACAGACAUGGAGAGCCUGGUGAUGCCCAUCCUCAAGAUCCUGUAUCAUGUGGAAGACAGGAACUCUCAUCACGUCUACAUGGCCCUCAUCAUCCUCCUCAUCCUCACUGAGGAAGAUACCUUCAAUAGGUCCAUACAUGAGGUGGUAUUAAAAAACAUAACUUGGUAUUCAGAGCGUUCAUUAACAGAAAUCUCCCUGGGUAGUCUACUCAUCCUAGUGGUCAUACGCACCAUCCAGUUCAACAUGACACGGACCAGGGAUAAGUACCUGCACACCAACUGCCUGGCUGUCCUGGCCAAUAUGUCUGCCCAGUUCCGCUGCCUACACCAGUAUGCAGCCCAGCGCAUCAUCAGCCUGUUUGCACUGCUGUCCAAGAAGCACAACAAGAUUUUGGAGCAGGCUACCCAGUCUCUACGGGGCCUGCGGCGGGCAGACUACUCUGCAGCCUUCACCAUCCCCUUCUCCCCCCCGCCCCCUCUCCUGGGUGACUGGUUGCAGUGA